UCCCCGCUCCUCUUCUGUUGACGCUCCUCGGCCCUGUUCCUCACCCGCUAGCUCCGUCGCUUAUGGCUGCCGUCUCAUUCCAUUUUUAUGUGCUCAAAGCUUUGGCCGACUGGCUGAUCGGAGAAGAUGUUGGAAUGGAGCUUCCUGUGAUGCUGUAAGCGUAGUUGCGGUUUAACUCCGUUUCUCUUUAGCACGUGCUUGUAGAUUGAUUAUGCGGUUGUUGAAGUUAUAGCCAUGUAUUUGCUUGUCCACACACAAUAGAUCUGUCCAAUAUGAUGAAAGAAAUGAAGGUUGCUGUCAGAAUCACACGCUCUCAGUCUAAUUCCUCGAGUAGACUAGGAGCUAUUUCACCCUCAUUACAACUUUCACUCAAAGAAUUGCGCAAACGUGGUCAUACAGAAAACUCUGAACAAGCACAACUAGAUGGAAGUAAUGCUUCCCCAACUAUUACUGUUGGUGUUCGGCGCAAAAGAAGAGCAGUGCUCAAGGAUGUUACUAACAUGUCCUGUGAGAGUAAUAAUCUGGGGUGCUUGCAUGCUUCUAAAGUUCAGGUACAAGAGGUUUCACAGAUUGAAUCACUUGAAGAUUCACCCAUUAAAAGGAUGGCCGAAUCACGAGGUACCUCUCCAGUGAUGAUGUCAGAUAAAAAAGAGACAACGCAGGAGAACAAGUUUCAGAGUGUAAUAGGAUGCAAAAAUUGUGCAUUCCCUGUGCCUUCAGGAUCAAACGACCACCAAAUGAAAGUUGAGGCUACGGUUUGUGAGAAAUUAAGCCAUCUCGGUACUUUGGAUGCUGUUUCAAACUCAGAAGAUCCUCGAGCAUGCACCCUAUAUGCCCAUAAUAUAUAUGAUACUAAUCGUGUUAUAGAGCUUGAUCAAAGGCCUUCUACUAAUUAUAUGGAAAAGCUACAGAAAUUUAUCACUCCAAUCAUGCGAGGGAUUCUAAUUGAUUGGCUAGUGGAGGUUUCUGAAGAAUAUAAGCUGAUCUCUGACACACUUUACCUCACUGUGAAUCUCAUUGAUCGGUUUCUCUCUCAAAGUUACAUUGAAAGACAUAGAUUACAACUUCUUGGUGUUACUUGCAUGUUAAUCGCCUCUAAAUAUGAAGAAGUCUGUGCACCAUUUGUGGAAGAGUUUUGCUGCAUCACAGACAACACCUAUGCGAGAGAAGAGGUACUAGAAAUGGAGGGUGAAGUUCUGAACGUGCUUAAUUUUCAGCUCUCUGUUCCCACUACAAAAACUUUUCUCAGGAGAUUUGUGCAGGUAGCACAGGCUUCUUGCAAGGAACCUUGUGUCGAGUUCGAGCAUUUAACAAAUUAUUUAGCAGAGUUGACUCUUGGAGAGUACAGCUUCCUCAGGUUUCUGCCUUCAGCAGUAGCUGCAUCAGUGGUGUUCUUAGCCAGAUGGAUUCUGCAUCAACCAAAUCAACCAUGGAACGAGGCUCUAGAGCAAUAUACCAAUUACAGUGCCUCCAAGCUAAAAACUACAGUACUUGCCUUAGAAGAUCUAAGAUUGAAAUCCAGAGAUUGCCCUUUAAACGCCGUAUUCCAGAAGUAUAGACAACAGAAGUUUGGAAGUGUGGCAACUUUAACCUCCACAAAAUCAGUUCUCUCAGCUUUGCCAAACCAGACAGACACCUGAAUUCCAGGGACAUUUGAGACACUUCCUAACUAAACACACCCUUAAAACCGCGAUGAACGAGUGGUUUAAAAGAAACAAACAAGGAUUCAAAUAUUUGUGUCGAUGUUUUCAGCUUAUUUGUUGCCUUGCCACUUGCCACUUGCCACGAGGUUGGAAGCAUUUUUUAUUAUCGAAAAGCAAAGUGGAGGAAAUGGGUAAUUUAAAUUAAAAACAAGGAAACAGAGUAUCUUCCACAUCCAAAGUCCCAAGUGUUUGGUUAACAUCAUAUGUUUGGAACAAGUGAGUAAAAACAGAGUGAUGGACAAGCAAACAUCAUAUGAUUAUUAAAAGACAAUGGUGUCCCCACUUUUAGGACCACAAAAAACUGAAUCCAUCAUAUUUACUCAGUUGCAUGAAUGCCUACCUACUUAUACAUUGACUUUCCUCUUUUA